UGCCAGGGUGAAAGUUCAGCGCGCCGGCGGCACUUCCAACAUGGCGGCGUCCGGAGCGGCGGUGGCGUGCAGCCCGGGAGUCGGAGCGGGUCCGGCGCCGGGCGCCCGACGCUCGCCCUCGCCGCGGGUCGCAGGGCUGCCGCGGCUGCUAGUGCUGCUGGCGGCUGCGGCGGCGGGGCCGGGCAUGGGCGGCGCGGCAGGGCUGUACCGCGCGGGCGAGGACGCCGUGUGGGUGCUGGACAGCGGCAGCGUGCGCGGGGCCACCGCCAACAGCUCGGCCGCGUGGCUCGUGCAGUUCUACUCGUCGUGGUGCGGCCACUGCGUCGCCUACGCGCCCACCUGGCGGGCCCUGGCCGGGGACGUGCGAGACUGGGCCAGCGCCAUCCGCGUCGCCGCUCUGGACUGCAUGGAAGACAAGAACCAGGCCGUGUGCCAUGACUACGACAUCCACUUCUACCCCACCUUCCGAUAUUUUAAAGCAUUUACAAAGGAGUUUACAACUGGAGAAACUUUUAAAGCAGGACCUAACCGCGAGCUGCAAACAGUCAGACAGACCAUGAUUGACUUCCUGCAGAACCACACGGAAGGGAGCAGGCCCCCUGCCUGCCCGCCCCUGAACCCCAUCCAGCCCAGUGAUGUUCUUUCUCUCAUUGACCACCGUGACAGCCAUUACGUGGCUAUUGUCUUUGAAAGCAACAGCUCCUACCUUGGGCGAGAGGUGAUCCUAGACCUGAUCCCAUAUGAAAACAUCGUGGUCACCCGAGCGCUGGACGGGGACAAAGCAUUUCUGGAGAAACUCGGGGUUUCUUCGGUUCCCUCGUGUUACCUGAUCCACCCAAAUGGGUCACGCGGAUUGAUUAACGUUGCGAAGCCUCUUCGGGCCUUCUUUUCCUCUUACUUGAAGUCAUUGCCGGAUGUGAGGAAAAAACCACUUUCCUUGCCUGAAAAGCCAAACAAAGAAGAAAAUUCAGAAGUCGUGGUUUGGAGGGAAUUUGACAAGUCGAAGCUGUACACGGCAGACCUGGAGUCGGGGCUGCACUACCUCCUGCGGGUGGAGCUGGCGGCCCACAAGUCCCUGGCCGGAGCGGAGCUAAAGACACUCAAGGACUUUGUGACUGUCUUGGCGAAGCUGUUCCCCGGACGGCCAGCAGUCAGGAAGCUGUUGAAGAUGCUGCAGGAGUGGCUGGCCAGCCUUCCCCUGGACAGGAUCCCCUACAACGCUGUGCUGGACCUGGUGAACAACAAGAUGCGGAUUUCUGGAAUAUUCCUUACUAAUCACAUAAAGUGGGUUGGAUGUCAAGGAAGCCGACCUGAGUUGAGGGGUUACCCAUGUUCUGUCUGGAAACUGUUCCACACUUUGACUGUUCAAGCCUCGGCCCACCCAGACGCACUGAUUGGCACAGGCUUUGAAGACGACCCCCAGGCUGUGCUGCAGACGCUGAGGAGGUACAUUCGCACCUUCUUUGGGUGUAAAGAGUGUGGUGAGCACUUUGAGGAAAUGGCUAAAGAAUCCAUGGACUCAGUGAAAACCCCAGACCAAGCCAUCCUCUGGCUUUGGAGGAAGCAUAACGUGGUGAACGGCCGCCUGGCAGGCCAUCCAAGUGAGGAUCCCAGGUUUCCAAAGCUUCAGUGGCCCACUCCAGACCUCUGCCCAGCCUGCCAUGAGGAAACGAAGGGCCUGGACAGCUGGGAUGAAGGCCACGUGCUCACGUUCUUGAAGCAGCACUACAGCCGUGACAACCUCUUAGACAUGUAUUCUGCAGCCCGGGGGGAUUCUGGUGAAGGAGGACCCCUGGCCAGGGGUGAAGAAGAGGAGAAAAGACCCACUCCCCCCGAGAAGUCCCGUGGAGACCGAGACGCCCAGAGCGUUCGUCCACCCAGUGCGCUGGGCCCCAGGCCCGCCCUUCCGGAGAGCUUGCACCACAGGCCGGAUGUGAGACUCCAGAGUCUGGACGGGCCUGAGGUCCGCAAGCAGGUGGAGGUGGCUGUGCCCUUCCUCGGGGUUGGCUUCUCCAGCCUGGACAUGAGCCUCUGUGUGGUGCUGUACGUGGCCUCGUCCCUGUUCCUCAUGGUGAUGUACUUCUUCUUCCGGGUGCGGUCCAGGCGGUGGAAGGUCAAGUACCAUCACCCGGCUGUGUGAGUGCCCUCGGAGAGGCAGCCCCGCCCCGUGCCACCUGCAGCUUUAAUAUUGGAUCAGGGAUUUUACACGCGGGCCUGGUUUCGCACCCGAUGGCACCUUUUGGCUUCCGAGGCCUCGUUUUACAAACGCUCUUCGACAAGGGAAGAUGGGGGGUAAUUUUGUGGGGACGUCUGCAUUCCUGGCACGCUCAAGUCUGUUCAUACUCCUUUCACAGGCUCUACAGCAGAAAGACUCUGUUUCCUCUAAGAGAGGGCGAGGAGUCCAGGCCAAAUGCUGUUCCCCACACACUUUAAUCUCAAGUGUCCUGGACUCCGUCUCAUCCUGCAAGGCCUUGUUGCCCCUGCCCCUCCAGGCUGCCAAGUGUUCCCCGUUAGCCAGGUGGGGGCGGAGCAGAGCCGGAAGUGCAGGCGUGCACCACUCCAGGCACAUGCCGCUCCGGUGACCCUCCGGUGUGCUUUCCACGCUUCCCUAUGGAAGGGUUCCCGAGGGCUCGCUGCGCCCCUGCCGGUGUUUUCACUUCAGUUGUGGGUAUUUGAGCAGGGGAGGAGCCGAGGGAUUUCGUGGCUGUGCUGCGUUUCAGAAGAUAACCCCCAGAGGCCUUGUGCCAUGGACUUGGGUAUGGGAAGGAUGGUGGCUUAUUUAACACUCAGAGGCAGUACCUUUGUUUAUCUGGUGACAAGAGAAAGACCAGUAAAUGGAGGGCAGCUCUGGGCUCAGCGGGCAGGCAGUGCUCAGAGCAGGGGCCCCUCUGAUCAGGGGUGGGGAGGAGAGUGGUCUGCCCUUGGGAGCACAGGCCCCAGGGAGACUUCCAAAGCCCCCUCUGCGAUCUACUCUUCACCCAGCACCACAGAGGCCUGCAGGUCCCAGCCACACACGCACCUCACUCUAGGCCCAUGGAGGGGCAGGGGUGGCAGGUGCCUGUGCCAGGUUUCCUUUGCCUGAAGCUGCUUUGGGAAGGAUCUCCACACAGGCACUGGUUUCCCAAGCUUUGGUCAUGAUUUCUUUUACCAUUUAAUAAUUUUAAAUAUUGUUUUAAACCCAAAACGUUUAGUGGUCAAUUACCUCUGAAGAUUUAAACAAAUACACUAUUUCUGGGAACAUUUAUACUGAGCUUCUUUGUGGCUGUUGGUGUGUCUCACAGGCUAAAUUUGAUUUGGCUAAAGUAGGCUCAGAUGUGUUUGUGUGACCAUGUGUGUGUGUCUCUGACAGUUGUAAAUAUUUUUUCCGCUUUGCCCUCUUGGUGUUGUAUACUCGUGUGUUAACUAACUGAGGCAGAUCACAUGGUAUAUUCGUAAGACCACCGUAAUAUCGAUGUUACUGUUGCAGCUUGAGGAACACAGCAGCUGAUUCCUUAAACGCCUGCGCUAAGGAUGCCGCCCAGAGCCCCGUAGCUGGUGGGAGCGGUGUCUGAUGCCGUGGCCUCUGGCUUCACGGCUCUCACGUGAGCGAUGCUUCUGGUUUCACACUUUUAACCCCUCUGUGCUUGGACAGCCGUGACGUUGCCUUCAUUGCUGGUUAGAGGCCUGGGUUAUUGAAGACACCGGAAUGUUUCUCUUUCAGCUUGAAAACCAGACGGGUCUACACGUGGGUUUCAGUGUAUUUGCCUUUGAACCCUUAACUAAACUGACUUUUGGCUAGUGUUGAAUGUCUUUAGCUAGGGUGACCUGGGACAGUGUUAGGUUUACCGUCUCCAGCUUCGGCCUUUCCAGAAACUCAUGUGGAGCGCAGUGUGGCUGCAGUUUCGGCAUCCUGUUGCAGUCUGGGGUCACCACUGUUGGGGGAACAAGCUUGCGACCUGCUGAGGGGCAGGGUUUUCACCUGUCAGUAGUGGGGGUCAGAGUCACUGCAGAGGUGGCCCCAGGGGUCACAUGUCCAUGCUCUAACACACCUCCUGUGACCGCUCAGAGCUGGAUGCCGCCUUCAGGCAAGGGUUAGAGUCUAUUUUCUCAAGUUUUAAGUAUUUUAAGAGAUAUUGAGACUAAUGAAUAUAAUAGUUCAGUAAUUUAAAUGUUUAUUUAUUUUUAACGGAAGGAUUUUUAUUAAAAAUAAGCUAAUUGACAUGGAAAUGUCAGUGAAAUUUCUUACCAGCAAGGAAAGUGAACAUUUUGUAUUUAAGUAAACUAUAACAUGCACAUUUUAUGAAUAAAGAAUCUGACAUUUGAAAA